GGAAAGGAAGUUGACACAAGUAUACGUCAGAUGUAAAUACUAUAAACAGUGCUAGAACACAGUACAAGUAUGGGGAACACGGAUACAAAACUUAAUUUUCGCAAAGCUGUUGUACAACUUACCUCCAAAACACAGCCAAUUGACGCAGGAGAUGACAGUUUCUGGGAUCAGUUUUGGUCGGAAAAUGUGACAAACGUGCAGGAUGUGUUUACAUUAGUUCCUGCACCAGAAAUUCGAGCUUUGCGCGAAGAAGCGCCGUCGAAUUUGGCGACACUAUGUUACAAAGCGGUUGAGAAAUUGGUUAAAGCCGUGGAUAACAGCUGUCGUACACAGCAUGAACAGCAAACUGUUCUCAAUUGUGUCCGUCUCCUGACACGUGUACUGCCUUAUAUAUUUGAAGACCCUGACUGGCGUGGAUUUUUUUGGUCUAGUUUGCCUGGGCAGGCUCAAGGGGAAGAGGAAGACCAGGCUAUGCCACUGGCGCAGUCCUUAAUAAGUGCGAUCUGUGAUCUGCUGUUUUGCCCUGAUUUUACUGUGGCCUCCAAUAGGAAGUCGGGUCCGGACAAAGCUGAGGACUUACAGGCAAUUGAUAGUUGUGAAUAUAUAUGGGAAGCAGGUGUAGGUUUUGCUCAGUCACCUCCACAUCAUCCUCAUUUAGAAGCGAACAGGACUGAACUACUGAAACUGCUUUUAACUUGCUUCAGUGAAACGAUGUACCAGCCACCAGUUGAUAUACAUACUGCACCAAAUAGGUGGAUUCAGUACUUCACAAGUGCUGAGAAUCGGCAUGCUUUACCACUGUUUACUUCUCUAUUGAACACUGUAUGUGCAUAUGAUCCAGUGGGUCUUGGUGUUCCUUACAACCAUUUACUUUUCUCUGAUUCUAUGGAACCUUUAGUAGAUACAGCCUUGCAGAUAUUGAUAGUAACUUUAGAUCAUGAUACAACCAGCAGUGUCCCUGAAGGAGAAGAGGUUCCUGUACCAGACAAUCUUUUUAUAAAUUAUCUGUCAAGAAUCCACAGAGAUGAAGAUUUUCAUUUUGUUCUCCAUGGAUUUACCAGACUUCUUAACAAUCCUCUGGUACAAACAUACUUACCCAACUCAACAAAAAAAGUGCAAUUUCAUCAAGAGCUUCUGGUCUUUUUUUGGAAAAUGUGUGACUACAACAAGAAAUUCCUAUACUAUGUUUUGAAGAGCAGUGAUGUUCUUGAAAUUUUGGUUCCAAUUCUCUAUCAUCUCAAUGAUUCAAGGGCUGAUCAAUCUCGUGUGGGCCUGAUGCACAUUGGAGUAUUUAUAUUGCUCCUGCUCAGUGGAGAGAGAAAUUUUGGUGUCCGUUUAAACAAACCUUACACUGCCACAAUACCAAUGGAUAUACCUGUGUUUACUGGAACACAUGCAGAUCUCUUAAUCAUUGUUUUUCACAAGAUUAUUACUACUGGACAUCAGCGUUUGCAGCCUUUAUUUGACUGUCUUCUGACGAUCCUUGUUAAUGUGUCACCAUAUUUGAAAACCCUGUCUAUGGUUGCAAGCACAAAACUGUUACAUUUGUUGGAAGCAUUUAGUACUCCAUGGUUCCUAUUUUCAUCUCCAACUAAUCACCAUUUAGUUUUCUUUUUACUUGAAAUCUUUAAUAACAUCAUACAGUACCAGUUUGAUGGGAACUCCAAUCUUGUGUACACAAUUAUUCGCAAGAGGCAAGUUUUCCAUGCAUUGGCCAAUCUUCCAUCAGAUUAUGGGACUAUUUCAAAGUCCCUCAGUAAAAGAACUCGCCGUCACCUACCGAGCACGUCAUCUGCCGAGAAUGUAAAGGACCUUCCUAGUAUGGAGGGAUCACAUCCAGCAUUGCCUGCUGAACCUGGAACACUUAAGGCAACGCUUCCAGACACACCAGGUAUUGAUAAAAUGACUGAGAAGGAAUCCGCUCACCCAUCGGUACAACAACUGUGUGACUUAAGUGCUGCAGCAGCUGUUAAUGGAAUUAUGCCAAAUGAGCCUCUGCAGACCGCAGGGUCCCAGCCAGCUAGCCAGCAGGGAGGCACUACUGAUAGUGUGAGACAGGUAGAUGGUGAGGAGCAGCCACCACGACCAAAAAGUGUGCCAGCAACACCCAGUUCUCCCACAGCUUCAGUGCAUUCUGCAACUAUGUCGCACUCCAUGCGUAAAGUAUCAGAUUCAUCAGUGUCAAAUGUGAGUUUACAGAGGUCUGCCUCACAGCGACAAAGCAUCCGGCUGACAGAAGCACACUCUCUUGUCCAGGGGAGUGUUGGAGGUCAGUGGAUACCCACAGCUGAGUGGGUAAAUUCUUGGAAGUGUAAACUUCCUUUGCAAACAAUAAUGAGGCUGCUUCAAGUCUUGGUACCUCAGGUUGAGAAGAUAUGUAUUGACAAGGGACUGACAGAUGAAAGUGAGAUCCUAAAAUUUCUGCAGCAUGGCACACUGGUAGGCCUACUUCCAGUUCCACAUCCAAUUCUUAUUCGAAAAUAUCAAGCAAACACUGGAACUACUACAUGGUUUCGUACUUAUAUGUGGGGUGUUAUUUAUCUACGGAAUGUGGAUCCACCAAUAUGGUAUGACACAGAUGUUAAAUUAUUUGAAAUUCAGCGAGUUUAAGUUUCCACAUUUAUUUUAAUAUACCUGAUAAUUAUAACCAAAAAAAAGGCUGAAUAUUUCAAAUUAAAGUUUGUAGAACAGAAGAUAAUUGAAAUAUUUCUAUUUGAUAGUAGAUACAAGAAGAAUAUUUAUUUAUUAUGAAAAAUAAGAAUUGUCUGUAAUACACAGAGCUGAACUAUUAAUUUGUGCCACUGUACAGUGCAGGUACUGUGAACUAUUUUUGAGAGUUACCGUUCAUUUGAUGCCACUGUUAUCACAGAUGUUUUUGCCACAUGUCUUGUGAAAUCUUUGAUACAUUUGUGUUGUACUCAUUUAUAUUUUCCCCAACUGGAUGUCAUACUUUUUUCACAACUUCACAAUGCACUGCAAGAGUAUUGUUUCUAUACUUAACGCUUUUUUGAAGAAAUUGUACACAUAUGACGUAAUUAGUUCAGUAACAUCUCAAAAUAUUGAUUUAAUGCUUCUUAUAAUUAGUAUUUAUAUUUUACUUGUAUCACUGCCAUGUAUCAUUUGAAUUGCAAAAGAGGGGGCAAGGGGAAACCAUAGCACAGUAUACCCGAUAUUGUUGGUGCUGAAGAGCGCCAAAUGAUAGUGCAGUCCUUGGUUACAUUGCAUAUCAAAGUGCUUUAUACUAUUAUUGGUCUUUCCUCUGUCUGUUGUUCUGUAUUGACAGUGAUAUCUAUGUGUUAAGAUGUCCAUUUUAUUAAUGUGGUAUGUGACAGUUUACAUAAGGUAUUUAUGAUACACCUGCAUUUCAUAAGUAGUGAGUAUCUAGUCAAAACAUUUUACGGAAGACCCUAUGGUUUGGAGUCAAACAUCAGGGAUUCUUCUGUGAGCUUAUAGCAAUGAGAAUUCAUUGCUAAUUUUCAUGCAUCAUUUACAUUAGGCAUAGCUUAAUUACUCAAUGAGAGAGACAGUUUUCAGUGGUUGUAUUAUAUGUACCUGCCUUUUAUAGUUAGUUGACAGCAGUAUAUUGACAUUUCUGUCAGCAUUUGUUGCAGAGAACAUGUUUGUAGAAUGCUGUACUAAGAUGUUAUUCAGUGACACAUCUUGUCAAUAAUAAUUUAUAAAGUUCCUAAGCAAAUAUUUAUUUUGUGUUAAAUAUAACAAAUAUGUUUGUCAUUCAGACAGUAGCGUAUAUUUUAUGAUUCACCUGAGAACCUUACUUAGUUUUAUAAAUAAAAACUGGCAUCACAAAAAUACCCAAUUCAGUUCCUGAUGUAUAAGUAUGUACAACUGUGCAGGCUUCAAGUUUCCGUAGUAAUAGAAUACAGAACAAUCAAGUGAAAUCCAAGAAGAAAAGUAGAAAAUGACAUCAGUUCAGGUUAGCAAAUAGUUCACAGUGUUGUGUGUUAUUCAUUGCAUAUUAUUAUGAUGAUAUCAGAAGUGUACAGAAUUGUGUGUGUAGUCAAACGGAAUGGUAUAAAUAUAUUUAGAGAGAAUUGGUGUAGCAGAAGUUGAGGCUAUUCCAAGAAUAGCUCCUAAUUAUACUUAAACUCCAUGCAUUUUAGUUUUCUCCUGUAAAGCCAUAAAUGCUAACUCUUCACUUUCUCCAUUCUUUGUCUGUGUGUUAAUUCAGAAUCUUCUUAACAUUUUGCAGAAUAUCACCUACCUAUACCUCCAUAUUCUGCUUAUUUGUACUUGUCAUAAUUUGUUAAUGUUCCUUCUCUCAUAUUUUACUUUGAUUACUAAUAAGUUGGGUUGACAAUCAGAGACACUGCAGGCAGAGGUUGCCAUUAUUUUUUAACAGAGUAUGUUCUGUAGACCCGUUCCAUUAUGCAUACUCUCACUGUGACAGUGCUGGUCUUGAUUGGUAUUAUUCUCAAUGGUGGUACUUUAUUUUCACAUUUCUUCCAUGGUUUUAUUAUUCUUCCAGAUUGUUUCAGUUUGUAUCAUCUUGUCAGUAAUUUCUUCUAUAUUUUUAUGUCAGCCCUACCAGUGCAGUUCAGGAUCUCAUUUCCCUGUCUUUCGUGUGAUUUAAACAUAAUCAAACUGUUCCUUAAUGUUUCCUGAAAAUUGUUAUAUACUCAAUUCUCUAUCAAGUUUUUAAAUGCUCUCCAUCUUAAAUAUAGCAGCUAAUGGGUGCUGAUGUACUCUUCUCUCAUUUAUUGAUAUUUCAUUUCAAUUUUUCCCAGUUCUCACUGCGUGACAUAUCCUGCCGAGUUAGCUAGUUAAUGCUCUUACUAGCUGUUUGACCUGUUGCAUACCUUCUCGCCAACAAUUUUUAUUGACAUCUCAGGAAUGAGUCUUUUGCCAUGAUUUCUAUUUCUUAUAGUACUGUUUGUUUGUUCUGGUGAGGGAUUUUGAGAAAUAUAUCCUUAAUUUUAACAUAUUUUCUACCUUUCGCUUCCUUUCAUCUAGAGCCUCCAUGGCAAAUACACUAUGGUACUGAAAGUUGCAGACUGUCAGUUUUUACAACCUACGGUAAUGAAUGGAUUGUGGUAGCCAUUACAAUUCGUUCUUUUAAUAUAGGUAGUGGCAGAAAUUGAUUGUUUUGGAAAAUGUAACAGAAAAAAUAAAUAAAGUAGAAAAUAUUUGUUUAAUGCAAUUACUGAGUGAGCAAUUUCAUUUUUAUGUAACUCUGUUAGCCUGUGGAUUGUUUAUGUACACAAAGUAUAUGAUAUUUUGAUUUGUAACUCAAAGUCAAUAUUGACAGAGUUCUGAUAGUGGAUUCAGUUUGUUUCUAUCAACUAUACUAAUAAAUAAGACAAUGCUGCUAAGGUAUCAGUGUGUAGCCUUCUAGACAAAACUACUGAGGAUAAGAAACUAAAUCUUUUGAAAAAAUGCAUGUUGUGAAUUAAAAUGAAGACACUCAGACUAAAGAAAUGUGCAAUUCCAUGUUAUUAAAAGUUGAUUUAUUCUUAUAACAAGGUUAACGUCACAAAGUCAAAACAAUAUUGGAUACCAGUGCUAUGGUUUUAUGAACGUAAAUAAUUUGUUCAGGUAGACUUUGAUUCUUCCUACAAAAUUAUUUUGCUAACUUGCACCUAGCUGUGCAAUCAAAGGUAGUAAAUUCAGGAAUGUAAAAUUUGGAACACACAAAAUGCACCCAGAAAAGAUGGCUGUAAUGUAGGAUUUGUGCAAAACAUUUCAAAAUUAUUCUGCCGAUGAUAUGUUCCAAGGAAACUACCAUAAAUGUCAUUCCUCUGCCCUCUCUCAUAAAAUGCUUAUUGUGAAAAGGCUGCUUCUGUGUACAUGUGAAUUUUAGAAUACUAAAUACAUACAUCAAUUUUAAAGAUUAACUCUGUACAUAUCACACUGUACAAACUUGAAGAUGCCUUUUAUUAAGCAUUUUAAUAUAUAACAUCGAACAACAGAUUUAUUGCUUCAUCUGUUGAAAUUUUAUUUACAAUGUGAAAUAUGUUACAGUGAUGGCAUGAUAAUUACUGUAUUACUAAAAAUGGAUAUCAUCUAGUGUAAAAAUCUGUUGAUAGUGUUGUGUGUAGCAUUUGCUAUUAUGUAGCAUAUGUUGUCAAUGUUCUGUUAUUAAGUUUGUGCACUAUUAUAAUGUAAACUUAAUUUAUUAGAUUUGCUAGGCAGGUUACACAUAAUGGUGGACUAGAUUUUGUGCUUUGCUUUGUGUGUGUGUGUGUGUGUGUGUGUGUGUGUGUGUGUGUGUGUGUGGGCGCGCGCAUAUAAAUUUAUUCAAACUACUUCCUUGACAGCGUUGAUGUUUGUAUUAUGUUUCAACAGAUUCCUAAAGUUUUGAAGAUAUAUCAUUAUAUGCACCAGAUUAAAGACUAUUUAUUAUGUGUCAAGAGUUCACUCUUUUCUUGAUAUUUAUUUCUGAACAUCGUGCUAAAUCAUAAUAUCAGGGUUAAAUGAUUGUUUUCUCACCAUGUUGGGAGGUCUUAAAUAAUAUCAAAUACACUUGAAUAUCUUAGGCACCUUUUGCAUCCCAGUCCCCCAUCGUUUACAUAUUUGUGUAGUGUAGCAUUACUGAAUUUUGAACAUCUGUUUCUUCAGUUGAAAAAUAAGUUAAAAAGGUUUCAAAAGCUCAGAUACCAGCAUAACUUCAGUUACAUAUGUAGCUUGUUUGUAUUUCUCAGUUGAAUUUGUAACAGAAUUAAUUGUUCUAGCUGGUGUUUCCUCACUUUGUUUUUGGCAGAUAAUUAAUAACUCGUCAGUUGAAACUGGAACAUAUGAGAGUUGGUCAAACACAUAUGCACUGCAGAAAACUGUGACACUCAAACUUUUUCAUUUCUUGUGUGUAAUAGGUGAGGUAGAAGAACAAAGUCUGGAAAGAGAGCUAAAUUUUGCCCAACACUCAAAUUUAAUGGUACAUGGAAGCGAUCAAUAUUGUUCUAUGCAGAAAUUAAUCUGAAGGUUGAUUUGGGCACUACUGUCAUCUACUAUGCAUUAUCCUGGUGCUGAAUAUAUGUGCCCACCUUUACCAACCGUAGAAACAGUUUACUGAGUCAGUCAUAGAAUUACUUACAAAUUAGGAUAGAAAACUAAUCACUUGUUAGGUUCAUAUUUUUGCAUGAUUAACAUUAUGACAAAUAUGAAAGGCCAUUUAUGUGCCAUAAAAGAACCUAGGUGCCCUGAUAUUCAAACCCCCAAACCUUCAGGUUAUUAUUCUGAGGCUUAAUUCAAACUACUACCAAGCUAUUUAAUGUGUGGAUGCAUUGCCGUAAACAGUUGUCUAAAUGGAGUGAUAUUCUAUUUUGUUAGAAGGAUUGGCAGUAAACUGAGAAGUCCUAGUACAUUUAGUACCUUAUAUUAGUCCUUCAAUACUAAUCUCAGAAAUUAGAUGCUGUCUUUGAUUUAAUAUUCUUGCAGCCCAAUAUCCAUCUUCUGUGUUCCCUGAUCCUAUAAUCAAUGAAUGUCAAAGGGAAUGUUGCUGAGGGACAUUCUACAGUACUGCUAUAAAGGAAAAUAAUAUCUGCAAAUGGAAGAUAAAGUGGACCAAAUAUUUAAAAAAACAAUGAUGAGUUUAAUUCAGAGAAGACAAAAGAUGAUAACAAUUAAUUCAUAGAGUAAUUUGUUUUCUGCAGAGUGAUGUAGAGUAGUAUUAUCAAAGUAGCAUCACCUACAUACAGUCUGUUUCAAAAUCAACAUUCUUUGUUUACUAUAUUAUAUGUGUUAAAGCGUACAUUCCACUUAUUUAUACUGAGUACUGAGCUUGGAUAACAUGAAGCAAGGAGUUGUAUUAUAUCUUAAUUUUCUUAAAUGUGUUUGUCAUUCAUCUUGUACACUGCUGGAAAAAAUAAUGCUGCACUCUCAAGAACUGUUUCACUUUAAAAAAGGCUGUAGUAAGAGAUACGGCAGUGUUGUUAUUGUGGUUGGUUUAAUGCAGCUCUCUGUGUUAGUCUAUCCUGGGCAAGCAUCAUCAUCUCUGCAUAACUACUGCAACCUAGAUCCAUUUGAACAAGCUUACUGUAGUCAAUCCUUGGCCUCCCUCAUACAAGUCCCCCCCCCCCCCCCCCCCCCAGUUUCCCACCAUUACGAAACUGAUAAUUCCUUGAUGUCCCAAGAUGUGUCCUAACAAAUGAUCCCUUCUUUUUAUCAAGCUGCACCAUAAAUUUCUUUUCUUCCCAAAUUUGAUUCAGUAACUCAUUUGUUUCAAAUAACUUCCGGGAAUUCAGCCAGGUAACACUUUCAGCGACCACCGAUAUUUCAGCGGAAGAACACCCCGCCAUUUUCAAGGCAUUACUGAAAGCGUUACCUGGCUGAAUUCCCGGAAGUUAUUUGAAAGUUGUAUACGCCAGGAGAAACUCAGGUCUCACAUUUAAUUCUGGUGUUUGACAUUUCACAGUAUGCAAUAUCCCAACAGUCACAUAAAAAACAUCUUGCACCAGUGCUCUGCUUCAACAGUGGUUUCUGAACUGACAUCCUAAUGGAUGUAGUAAACCUUUUUUUCUCUUCUCCCACACCCCCUUUUCUUUGCAGCCAAAUGUGAUGCCGUUGUAUCUUGGGUAACUGCACUAGUACUGCUCAGCAGAUCUGUGCCGCAUGAAUGCAAUCAUCAGUCUUAUAUAGGUGGGACUUAUUCAUACCCUGGCCACAGAGGCUGGCUUUGAAUUCUAGGGAAGCUGAGGUCAAAUUCAUCAGCAGCUAGCCAGGUUUAGGUUUUCUGUGGUUUCGCUAAAUCAAUUAAAUCGAAUGCAAAGAUGAGUUUUGACAAAGUACUGUGCUGAAUUUCUUCCCCAUCCUGGUCCAGUAUGAGCUUGUGCUCCAUCUUUAAAGACAUUCGGUUGUUAAUAUCUUAAUAUUUCUUUCUUCAUUCGCGCAAUGUUACUCAUAAAAUACAUUUGUGCUGUAAAAUGCGUAUGGUAUGUUCCAUAGACCCAUGCUGAAAACAUUGAAAUAAUACCGAAGCAAUGUGAUCAGCAUAUCUGCACCCCUCAACAGGCCAGUUGAGCUACUGUAAUGCCCAUUGGACAAUUUUAUUCAAAUAGGCUUAGGUCUGCAACAGAUGCACACAAGUGUUGUGAUGCCCCAACACAUUACUACAUCCUAACAUCUCUUCUGACUUGACUGUUCACUUCUAACAGCACAACAGUGACUGCCCCAACACAUUACUCAGUAGCACCACAACCUCUCUAAAUGCACAUAUUAACUAUAUUCCACAGAACACAGAAAUAAUUAGUGUAGAGAUAUUUUUCCAGCAGUGUACAGACAAAACAUCAGUAUCUAAUACUGUUCAUGUUGCGCCUUUAUAUUGUGUAAGUUUUGGAUAAAUUCCUUUUUGUCUUAAUUUCAGAGUUAUUUUAUGUAAGACUUCGAGUAAAUCAUACUUUGUUAAAUUUUGUUUUCUUUGUGCAAGUUUUACAAUAAAACAUGCU